AUGUACAUGGCCCUGGUGGCCUUUUCUUCCAGUCUUGUCAAUGCCCACGGCAAGCCCACGACUGCUACUGGAAACGCCGGUGGCGUCUCCCGAGCGCUGGGCCUUCUGCCCGAAGGCUCGGUGCCGGACACGGGUCCCAACAAAUUGACCGAGGUCGACACGCCCGUUUUUGGUAGCAGAAAGAUAGCUUCCAAGGGCCUGGGCAGGACAGCUGGCGGCGGUAAGAUCAGGCUCGCCGACGCGGCCAAGAGUAUCCAGGACGCUGGCGGUGAUCCUGCCAAGAUCACCCCAGGCGGACAGCUCAGCUUCACUUGGCAAACUGUGACUUCUGACGGCGGUGGCCCAAUCCGAGCUCUGUGUAACACGGAAGCAAAAGACGAUUUCACCCAGAACUCGGUCGAGCUUAAAAUUCAAGACAAUGUCCCAGGCAAGGGCGGAAACAUUAAGCCAGGGCCAAACGCCAGCAGGAAGCUACCACCUGGCUUUUCAGCGAAAGGACAAGGCAAAGGUGGCAAGAAUAACGCGAGAGACGAGAUUAAUGAUUUGUUUGGUCGCUUCAUCGGGAAGCGAGCCGUCAACGUCAAUGAGAAAACGAACGUCGUGGCCACGGCUCCCAACGACAUGACUUGUACUGGACAGAUUGGCGGCAAUACUAAUAUGUGUCUAUGCAAGAUUGCCAAUAAUAACGGGGCUGGUCCCUUUGGUGGUGUCAUGCCUGUCCAGAUGGUCGGCGGCAAUUCAACCGGAGACGCUUCGGCUGGAAAUGGGGCAACCGGAGGCAAUUCCGGAGGCAAUUCCGGAGGCAACGCUGGAGGCAACGCUGGAGGCAACUCUGGAGACAAUUCUGGAGACAAUUCCGGAGGCAAUUCCGGUGCUGCCAACAAGUUCUAG